AUGAGUUUUCCAUUUGAGUAUCAAGAGCAAAUCUCAGGGUAUUGGGGACCAUCAACUGCUACCAUUGAUUGGUGUGAAGAGAAUUACGUCAUUAGUUGGUAUUUUGCUGAGUUCAUCAAUUCCACAACAAACUUGGCCUUUUACUUCCUCUUCCUCUACCAUCUCCGUUCGGCCAUUAAGAAUGAGCAUGGUUUCCUAUUCAUUUUUACUUCAGUGGGUGCCUGUGUUGUCGGGCUAGGUUCCUGGCUGUUUCAUAUGACCUUGAAGUAUGAAUUUCAGCUUUUAGACGAACUGCCAAUGAUAUACGUUACAGCAUUGCCGUUUGCGUAUAUUUACGGCGUGGAUAAGGGCUACCGUACCAGGGUAGCUUUGUACGUUGCCAUGGCGCUUCUUAUGGCUGUAUUGACCAUAAUUUAUUGUUCUGUCUACAAGAAUCCAGUGUUUCACCAGGUUUCUUAUGCAGUAUUGAAUUUUGGAAUUAUUCUCAGGUCGUUGGUGUUGAUUCAACGUCACGUACCUGAUGCAGCCGCAAGAAGAGACUUGUAUCGUCUCUUGGGUUUGGCUCUGGGUGAGUUUCUUACAGGAUUUGUUCUGUGGAAUCUGGAUACAGUGUAUUGCACUUAUUUGAGACAAAUUCGAAGGUAUUGGAAUCUGCCAUUCGGGGUGAUUCUGGAAUUGCACGGAUGGUGGCACAUUCUGACGGCCCUUGGGAUAUAUCAUUUCAUUCUCUACAGUGAAAUCCUUAAAGUGUGGCACGAGGGGAGACAAUCGCAGUAUUCAUUGUUGUGGCACUACGGAUUCCUUGGAGAGGUUCACAAAAAUGACAGGGAUAAGAACAUUAAAACGGAUUAA